GCUCUCACUGCUCACUUUAUGUGGUCAGGACCACUUCCUGUUCAGCUCUACACAGCUGUUCCUGUUCAGCUCUACACAGCUGAAAUGACAAUAAAAGCUUCUGGACUGAAUAGAGUGCUGUCGCUGACGUGUCUUAACUGCCUUAAUGAUCAAUGUAUUAAUAUUAACUGUCCAGACCAGUGUGCCAGUCUAACUCUGUUUGUAAUGAACAAUGGCAACAAUAUAAGCGCUGUUUUAAAGAGUUGUGCAGCACCGGGCAUUUGUUCACCUAUGACUGCAAACCUGGGAGAAACAAUAACAACCACCAAUGCCAUGUGCUGCAACACUACAUUAUGCAACAAUGAAACACUGCCAGUUCUUCCUGUUCCUUUGCCCAACGGGAGGAUCUGUUACACCUGUAUCAAAAACGACUGCACACAAUCAGUGGAUUGUAGAGGAAAUGAAGACAGGUGUGUUACUGGGACAGGUACAAUAUUAGGCACUACAGCGACCGUGAAAGGAUGUGUAGGUAAAUCUUCCUGCAAUGGUACUCAAUCAGUAAUCUCAGUGGGAAAUAGCACUGUAAGUGUUCAGUGUUGUACAGGAAACCUGUGUAACAGUGCUGAGAUCUUCACCCUGAGCUUCCUCCUCAUGAUCAUCUCUCUACACUCCUCCAUGUUCUUCUCUUCCCCUGACAAAAAAGUCAUGUUGUCAAAUGUCCCUCCUUUUAUUAACGAAGAGGCGAUUCUGAAAGAGUUUUCUCGAUUGGACAUCUUGUCCGCGCCUGUCCUGAAAGACAGCGUGAUCCCGGUGUCUCCAAAUGACCGGGGCAGAACGCAGCUGAGCCUGCUGGAGCCGUUCCCCCUGCGGACACAGCUUGGCCUGCUGCUGAAAGCCCUGCAACUGCUUCUGAACCAUGGCCUAGGAAGCAUGAGCCCAAACCGGGAGAAGCCCUGCUCGGCUGAACCGGAACGGGAGAAGCCCUGCAGGGCUAAACCGUACCAGGAGAAGCCCUGCUCGACUGAACCGGGCCGGGAGAACGGCUGUGAAUCUGAAAAAGUCACAGUGGACUCUGAAGUAGUGCUGGAGCUGCCAGUGCUGGAGCUGCCUGUGCUGGCAGAGUCAGACACGUUCAAAGGCCAUCAAACAUUACACUGGUUUCUGGAGGAGCCUCUGGUGUACAGCAGGCGACUGGACAUCUCCAGUGUGACCAUUCCUGCACUGUCCAGAACUCUAACCUCCUCGGGCAUUGUGACGCUCCGGGAGCUCGUGAACAUCACAGGGUCUGACUUGUCGAGGGCAGAGGACCUGACAUUGCAUAUGAGAUUGAGGUCCCUGCGCAUUGUCAAUCAGCUCCUACACCACUGGAGAUCUGCACUAACAUCAGAGGAGCAUGUUCAGCUGCUGGAUUAUCAUCACACAGAGGCUGGUCCUGCAGAGGAUGAACCCUUUCCCCAGAUGAACAUGGCUCCUUACCUCGACGGGAGUCAGAUCACUUGCUCACGACAGCCUGCUUCACCUCCACAACUCCUUCAUCUACACAAAACUUCAUCUACAAUGAGGUCUGUAGUGGCACUCAUGUUCAUCUGCAUGCUUUUACCCAAAGCUGCUGUUGGCCAACUGAGCUGCUAUUCCUGUGAUCCCACUAACUGCAAAACAUUUACUAAUCAGACUUGUCCUGCUGGAGCGGAUUCCUGCCUCAGUGCAACAGCCACUUCCGGCACAAGUAAGUUUACUUUUAAGACUUGUGUACCAAAGCUGGUGUGUGACACGCCUCAGUUACCAGGAUUAACUCUUGAAAAUGUGAAGUGUUGUCAGACGAACCUGUGUAACGGUGCUGAGAUCUUCACACAGAGUUUCCUCCUCAUGUUUGUCCCUCUGAUCUCCUCCCUGCUCUUCUUCUGAGCUCUGAUGAAAAAGCAG